UCAGCAGACAAUUCUAACAAAGAAUUGUCACAGUAGAAAUUUUGUUUUAUUCAAAAGUUUAAUCUGUCAUGUGGAAUACAAUAUUAUAUUUUAUCCAACGAAUCUUCUUCAAUCGGGAUAGUUUAGAACCCGAUGAGGAAAUCAAGAAUUCCCAUGACAGCCAGAGUGACGGGGACACCGAGGACAGGUCCAAGGUGAGAACUCCGUCUGGUACAAUGUCAUCAUCAAAACAAAUGAACGGGGAACAUCUCCCUGUGAUGUCUUUUCAAAAGAAACAACAGCAGACGAACGUAAUGAAACAAGCUCACUGGUGCAGUUCAUGGCCGACAAUAGUCUUAACUGUGAAUAAAUCAGAUGACAUGACAAUUGUUCAGAAGAAGCUACAAGACAUCGAUAAACUCACUUCGGAAAGGGAAAUGUUAGUAAUUGGAUUGGAGAAUUUUGAACAUCUCGAUGAGAAACUUGAAACAGUGAACGAAGACAAAGCGUUGAAGACUGAGAUUGUGAAACUGAAUGUUAAAAUGGCGGGGCUGAUACUACAGCGCCACGAUGAAAUGAAGAAAACUGAACAAACUAUAGAACAUCUUAAUAAGACCGUUGAAAAUAUCACGUCUGAAAAUCUAAAUCUGCGUGUUCUAAUGGCGGAGCUGAUGCAUCGCCAGAACGGUGAAAUGAACAAAAUGGCGGAAAGUAGAAAAUGUCUGAAGGAAAAUGUAGUCAGAAUGUCGUCUGAAAUUGCGACCCUGCGACGUAAAAUGGAAUGGUUGGCGGACUAUCAGCAGAAUGACGGGGAAAAAGGCGAGGCUGUAAGAAGACUGAUUGAGACUGCAGAUAGGAUAACGUAUGAAAAUGAUAAGCUGAAGCAGGAAAUCGAUCGUCUUCGAGACUGCUUUCGAGAUGACUCCAUCACGAAUAUCAUUAGUGGCGUAGAGGAGGAGUUUCUCAGGGCUACAGACUGCAGGAAAAUCAAGGAUAAGCAGGAUCGCGCUAAGCUUGGCGACAAGAAGUUCCAGGCCGCCGUCAAAGAUGAUCAGAAACACCGGGCACUGAUCAAGCAUCAAUUGAACAAGAAACCAUUGCAAAAAGGUGAAGAGGUCAAACUAAUUAGACCCCCAGUCCGACUUUCUGGGCCUCACCUUCCGAAAUUACGGGACUUCAAGCCGCUCAUGCGUCUGGGAAAAGGAACGUUUGGAAAAGUUGUCCUAGUUAGGAAGAACGGAGGUGUUGAUAACGGCGCACUAUACGCCAUGAAGAUGAUAAAUAUCAUCGGGAAUAAAUCACAAGAAAAUGAUCGUGAACAGUGUAGAACAGAACAUGCUGUUCAUGAAAGAGUUGCGAACGUUCCGUUCCUAGUGGGACUCUACUACGCCUUCCAGACGAAUUCAAAUCUGUGCCUGGCCCUUGACUAUUAUCCAGGCGGCGAUUUGCGGACUAUGUUAAACUGGAAGAAAAAACUUGCAGAAAGCACAGCUAGACUCUACCUCGCUGAGAUAGUCUUGGCCGUAGACCACCUGCAUAAGAUUGGAGUAAUCCAUCGGGACCUUAAACCAGAAAAUAUACUGAUCGACUCUGAAGGUCAUAUAGCGGUCACGGACUACGGACUGUGCAAAGAAUUUCCACCCGACGCAAAGAUAUAUCAUGUUGAUGAUGUAUGUGGCACAAGUGACUACAUGGCUCCAGAGAUGAUUCAACACAAAGGUUACAGCAUGGAAGUGGACUGGUGGAGCGUAGGGGUCAUCGCGUACGAAAUGAUGGCUGGGUUCAGACCCUUUGUUAUUGCACGCGACGAAAGCAUGACGAAACUUUGUCGAAAAAUUGUGCACAAGUUGCCAGCGAUCCCUAAGAAUUUCACAUUCAUAGGGUCAAGUUUUGUCAGAGGCCUAUUGGAGAAAAUGCCAUUAAAACGGUUAACAUCAGGGAAGACCAUCAAGCAGGACAUCAUGCAGCAUCAGUUCUUCAAUGGUAUCAACUGGGAUAAAGUUGCUAGCAAAAAGCUGAAGAUGCCGUAUGUUCCACCUUAUAACAGCAGCAAAGACGUCCAUCCUGUCCAGAAUCUGAAAAUAGAGCUUCUAGCUCAUACAACUGGUUGCAAGAGAGCUGAGGCAUGCUUAUAUGUAGCACCAUCCCUGAUUCCAAGCAAUGAAUAAGGAACAGGAACUUCAAAGGAGUGCCCAAACGAAGUUAAGAAAACAACCCAUCUCAGACAGUUUGGACACAACUGAAUUAUCCCCGGAAGCAUUAAUACGUCGAUGUGAAGUGAUGUA